AUGUUGAGAUCAAUUGAACAAUAUGCAAUGCAGAGCUGUAAAGUGGAAACAAUAUUUUUGCCAAAAAAUGUUAAUUCAUUUGCAGCAAAUUGUUUUGAAGGGUCAAGAACUUUAAAAACAAUCUCAUGUAAUCCAUCAAAUCCAACAUUUUCUGUAAUGGAUGGAGUCUUAUAUAACAAAGAUAAAACAACACUUAUUAAAUUUCCAGCAAAUCACAGCACAUCAUUUGAAAUCCCAGAAACAGUUACAACAAUUGGAUUUUGUGCAUUUAUUAGCUCAGUUAUUGAAAAUGUAAAAUUUCCUCCAAAAUUGAAAAGAAUAGAUGGAUAUGCUUUCGCAGUAACAAAAUUAAAAAACUUAACUAUACCUGAUACAAUAACAGAUAUAUCAGGUGGAGCGUUCGCAAGUUGCCAACAUUUAACUGAAGUUAAAUUUGGUACUGGAAUGACAUACAUUUCAAAUGAUUGUUUUAUGGACACGAGAUUGACAAAAGUAGUAAUUCCUGAGAAUAUUACAUCAAUUGGAGAAUCUGCGUUUUCUUAUUGUCCAAAUCUUAAAGAAGUUGUAUUGCCUUCAACAAUAACAAGUCUUGGUGGUUCAUGUUUCCCAACAAAUGUAAACAUUUCUUUCCCUAGUAAUGCUAAACUAUCUCUUGAUGAUCAACAAAUUCUUUACGACCUAGAUAAAAUUGUUUUAAUCAUGUGUCUUAAGAAGAGCACAUCAUACAUCAUUCCAGAAACAGUUUCGACAAUUAGAUCAUCUGCAUUCAAAGACAUGACUGAUCUAACAAAAAUUGAAUUUCGCUCAGGCAUAACAUUGAAAAUGAUUGAGUCCAAUGCAUUCUACGGCUGCAGUAAACUAUCAUCAAUUGAAAUUCCUAAUUCAGUCACAUCAUUUGGUGUGAGAUCAUUCUAUAACUGUGCACAGAUCAAAUCAGUCUUUUUCGGAAGCAAACUAACUAAGAUAUCAACACGAUGUUUUGAAGGUUGUACAUCUCUUGACACAGUCAGUUUCACUCAAUGUGAUAGUCCUUGCACUAUCGAUUCAUAUGCGUUCAAUGGAUGCACAUCAUUGAGAACACUCACACUUAGUGAAAAUAUUUCUAGCAUCGACAUGUACUGCUUCAGCAACUGUAAAUCUCUUGAAAGAGUCAACAUUCCUUCGACGCUCAAAUACAUUGGCAUAUAUGCAUUCUCUAACAGUCUUAUCUCACAAGUCACAUUUUCUUCUCCAAGCCAAAUGGUCAAUCUGAGCAAGUACUCAUUCAGCCAGUGCAUACAUCUUCGUGAUAUUGUUGGCACCCCAGACACUAUCAAGAACAUCGAAUCUAACUGCUUCGAGUCAACACUGAUCACAUCAUUUGAUGUUCCUAUCUCAACUACAUCCAUCGGCAACUAUGCAUUCCGAGGAUGCUCCGAGAUGACGGUCUUCAGAAUUCCAUCUCGCUGCUUGCUUCAAACUAUCGGUAACUACAUCUUCGACGGCUGCGUUUCUCUGAGCAAGAUCGAAUGUCCAGACAGUGACUUCUUCGUCAUCGAUAACGGAGCUCUUUUCAACAAGGACAGGAGCAACUUGAUCUGCUUCCCACCUGCAUCUUCUAUCACAUUCUUCUGUUUCUCACAGAAUGUGAAGAGUGUCUCAUCUAGUGCAUUCUAUGGCUGCAAGAGCCUUGUUGGCAUCAUGAUUCCAGAUAACUCUAUCACUACCAUUGGUCACUCAGCGUUUGCAUAUUGCACAUCUCUCAAGUACAUCAACAUCCCUCUUUGUGUUAAGAACAUUGAUCAAAAUGUUUUCACAGGUUGCAACAACCUUCACUGCGGUAUUGUUGUCCAGAACACUAGUAUUUCAUUCCGUUACUCUCUCGUCACGAACAGUGGUCUUAGUCUCACAUCGAUGAAAGACUGUGGUCUUAUCACAUGCAAACAUGUUAAUUACCAGACACCUGUUUCUACUUCUUAUCUAUAUGUUUUUAUAUUAAUGUAA